AUGCUAUUAAUAUCUCUUUUAUCACUUAUUACUUUGGUGCUGGCUACAGGAAAUGUUUGCAAAAAUGGUAAUGUUAUCAACAAGCGAUUAAACGGAUUGCCUUUCUAUUGGCCACCCACGUGGAAUGAGAGCCAAGCUGCUCCAUUUCUGGAACAGGGGCAGCUGUGUAGUUGGACAGUAACUAUUCCACAGGGUUAUUAUGCAAAAUUGAUUAUCAGUGGAGAAACAUUAGACUUGGAUUCAUAUUUUCAAACAAUUGAUUCAGCAGGAAACCUUGCCAGAACCACCCACGAAGGACUGGAGCCGUAUUACUUUGUUUCUCCAAAAUUCCAACUUGUUGUCUCCAACGAUAGCCCAGCAACUUUUGCCUUCAAAAUUAUAUGGCUUCCACUUCCACCGGCCGUUGAUCUCCACUAUGGAAUCGGGUUUGCCGGUUUUGUCAUCAAUGCAACAAACACGCCAUAUGCUCAUGAAUACGGUGCUAGUGGAAUUACCCUAUUAACAUUUCCAGAAAACACCACGGAUUUAUUCUCGUUGAGAAGUGUGCUGGUUUAUGAAGGAAACGAUUUGAAAACUGCAAACUAUAUUUCAAAUCUUUUCUUGCUCUACCAAACUGGCAAACAAUGGGUGUCCCGAACCAAUGGAAUUGUAGUGGUGAACCUAGAGGCUUCCACUUCAAUGGAUCAGCUUUUGAUUCAAGGAUCUCAAUAUUUAACGGCUAUCGGUGAAAUGGUGGAACUUCGGCCGGAAUUGAAUUCAAUUUACACCGGAGCUCUCCAGGGAGGGGAGAAGAAAUCAUCGUUGGUUUCAGUAGCUGAUGUCAAAAUGAGAAUGGUUGAUGUUAAAAUGAAUUUGGACGCCACCGUUGCAAUCUACUAUGGGUCUCCAGAUGUCCAGACUCACGAUAAAACUUAUACCGGAGAACAACUGAAACAGGCUUUGCCAUUAGAGUUUCCAGGAGACUUUACGCAGUUUGUGGUUAGCAAUGGAAAAGCUGUUUUUACAUUUGAAAGUUAAUUUAAAAUUAUUUGUGAAUGUAUUUGAUAUGUACAUAUAUGUGUAACU